CGGUUGCUAACUUAAAAGGAUCAUCAUGUAUCGUCGAAGGAUCCCCUUUCCUGGGAUGGCCCUGGCAACGUUUCUUGGGGUUGCAGGUGGAGUUUAUAUUUACAAACCCAUGUUCAGACCGCUCAACAAGAAUAUGACCCACUCUACUAUCAACCAAGAAGACGCAAUCGUGGUUCAGAGCGGGGAAAAGUUAGAACAUAAUAAUAUAAAUAAGUAAUGUGGUAACCAAGUUCUCUCAAUGGACUGCAAAUAGUUUCUCAACGGACUUGAUAAUAUUGUCUUGUUUACCUGUUAAGUGUAAGUUAACUGUGCUACCAGGACUGAGAGUUUGCAUAUUGGCAGUACUGAUUGAAGUGCCUUCGUCGUCUCAGUUUUGGCGCAGUCAAAUCUGUUGGCUGAACAUUAAAUUUGAAACUAUGUAACUCGUGCACACACCAGAUCAACAAUGUAUGGAAUCUGCAGUUUUGCUGAGGUGUUUUAAAGUAACCAUGCCGUUAAUUUUAGUUCCACUGGAUGGCACUAUCGUCAAUGCUUCCGUAAUAUAGCUCACUCAGUUUCUGGUGACCCUAAUCUACCUGCUGUAAAUAAGGGGUAUACCGUAAUUUAAAGAAAAGGUUCAGUGGUGUCAUUCUGAAUAUUGUCACUGAAUAAACGUAUUACUUAUUUGUUAAAUGUAAACGUGGUUUAUAUGCAAACUAACUGUUUGUAAAUACUGGUACUGCUUUGAUGAUUUCCACUUAUUCACACCUAAACAAUAUUCUAAAAAUUCAUGUUACAUUUACAAAAAAGUAGCUAAACAAACAAAACCACCUGUGUACAACAGCAGUGUCAAGUUACAACCAUGCAACAAAGCGGUGCGGCAGUCUUGGCUACUGUCUCCACGUCUUGGGUUAUUAUGCAGGAGGAGGGACUCGGUUCAGUACUAAACGGGAAGUGAUGUUAGAUAAAAACGAGUGCAACUGUAGCUACAUGGGAUAGAGAGGAAUGUAAAAGUAUCGAAUUAUAGCGGCCAAAGGGAACUCAUCGGGAAGCGUAUUAACAAAUAGCCUAUAGCUACCUAUAUUUUAAAACCAAAAGAUCGGAAAGAAACUUUAUCGUUUGUGG